AACAGUCCGAGCAGCUUUCAGAAUGACAGUCUGCAGAAGUGAGCUGAGCGUGUGCGCGGUACGGGGCUCUCCUGCCUUCUGGGCUCCAACGCAGCACUGUGGCUGAACUGGGUGCUCAUCACGGGAACUGCUGGGCUAUGGAAUACAGAUGUGGCAGCUCAGGUAGCCCCACAUUGCUUGGAAGAAUACAUCAUGUUUUUCGAUAAGAAGAAAUUGUAGGAUCCAGUUUUUUUUUAACCGCCCCCUCCCCGCCCCCCAAAAAACUGUAAAGAUGCAAAAACGUAAUAUCCAUGAAGAUCCUAUUACCUAGGAAGAUUUUGAUGUUUUGCUGCGAAUGCGGUGUUGGGAUUUAUUUGUUCUUGGAGUGUUCUGCGUGGCUGGCAAAGAAUAAUGUUCCAAAAUCGGUCCAUCUCCCAAGGGGUCCAAUUUUUCUUCCUGGGUGUCAGCGAGCCCUGACUCACUACAGUGCAGCUGACAGGGGCUGUCAUGCAACUGGUCCCUAAGCCAAAGCAAAAGACCUAAGGACGACCUUUGAACAAUACAAAGGAUGGGUUUCAAUGUAAUUAGGCUACUGAGCGGAUCAGCUGUAGCACUGGUUAUAGCCCCCACUGUCUUACUGACAAUGCUUUCUUCUGCCGAACGAGGAUGCCCUAAGGGCUGUAGGUGUGAAGGCAAAAUGGUAUAUUGUGAAUCUCAGAAAUUACAGGAGAUACCCUCAAGUAUAUCUGCUGGUUGCUUAGGUUUGUCCCUUCGCUAUAACAGCCUUCAAAAACUUAAGUAUAAUCAAUUUAAAGGGCUCAACCAGCUCACCUGGCUAUACCUUGACCAUAACCAUAUCAGCAAUAUUGACGAAAAUGCUUUUAAUGGAAUACGCAGACUCAAAGAGCUGAUUCUUAGUUCCAAUAGAAUCUCCUAUUUUCUUAACAAUACCUUCAGACCUGUGACAAAUUUACGGAACUUGGAUCUGUCCUAUAAUCAGCUGCAUUCUCUGGGAUCUGAACAGUUUCGGGGCUUGCGGAAGCUGCUGAGUUUACAUUUACGGUCUAACUCCCUGAGAACCAUCCCUGUGAGAAUAUUCCAAGACUGCCGCAACCUGGAACUUUUGGACCUGGGAUAUAACCGGAUCCGAAGUUUAGCCAGGAAUGUCUUUGCUGGCAUGAUCAGACUCAAAGAACUUCACCUGGAGCACAAUCAAUUUUCCAAGCUCAACCUGGCCCUUUUUCCAAGGUUGGUCAGCCUUCAGAACCUUUACUUGCAGUGGAAUAAAAUCAGUGUCAUAGGACAGACCAUGUCCUGGACCUGGAGCUCCUUACAAAGGCUUGAUUUAUCAGGCAAUGAGAUCGAAGCUUUCAGUGGACCCAGUGUUUUCCAGUGUGUCCCGAAUCUGCAGCGCCUCAACCUGGAUUCCAACAAGCUCACAUUUAUUGGUCAAGAGAUUUUGGAUUCUUGGAUAUCCCUCAAUGACAUCAGUCUUGCUGGGAAUAUAUGGGAAUGCAGCAGAAAUAUUUGCUCCCUUGUAAACUGGCUGAAAAGUUUUAAAGGUCUAAGGGAGAAUACAAUUAUCUGUGCCAGUCCCAAAGAGCUGCAAGGAGUAAAUGUGAUCGAUGCAGUGAAGAACUACAGCAUCUGUGGCAAAAGUACUACAGAGAGGUUUGAUCUGGCCAGGGCUCUCCCAAAGCCGACGUUCAAGCCCAAGCUCCCCAGGCCGAAGCAUGAGAGCAAACCCCCUUUGCCCCCGACGGUGGGAGCCACAGAGCCCGGCCCAGAGACCGAUGCUGACGCCGAGCACAUCUCUUUCCAUAAAAUCAUCGCGGGGAGCGUGGCGCUUUUCCUGUCCGUGCUCGUCAUCCUGCUGGUUAUCUACGUGUCAUGGAAGCGGUACCCUGCGAGCAUGAAGCAGCUGCAGCAGCGCUCCCUCAUGCGAAGGCACAGGAAAAAGAAAAGACAGUCCCUAAAGCAAAUGACUCCCAGCACCCAGGAAUUUUAUGUAGAUUAUAAACCCACCAACACGGAGACCAGCGAGAUGCUGCUGAAUGGGACGGGACCCUGCACCUAUAACAAAUCGGGCUCCAGGGAGUGUGAGAUACCUUUAUCAAUGAAUGUGUCAACCUUUCUGGCAUAUGACCAGCCCACAAUAAGUUACUGUGGGGUGCAUCAUGAACUUCUCUCCCAUAAGUCCUUUGAAACGAAUGCACAGGAAGAUACGAUGGAAACACACCUAGAGACUGAGCUGGACCUGAGCACAAUCACAACAGCUGGCCGAAUCAGUGACCAUAAACAGCAGCUAGCUUAACUGAGAUCAUUGGUAGCCAGGGGUUGCUACCAAACUUUGUAACCUCAAGGACAAAAUGAGGAAGAUGUGUUCAUUGUGGACUCUAAAAACAAAACAAAACACAAAAUCCCCUGUUCAAAUAAACAAAAAAUCCAAGAUUGAUUCAUGAAAUAAAGAAGACAUGAAUUGUUUUAAGUCUACACUUUGUAAUUAGCUAAGUUGUGCAGUAUUUUUUGACUUAAACAGAGUAUGACCCUGAAAAAUAAAAGAAUCUUUUUUUUUCAAAACUCAUCCUACCUACCUGUAAAAACUGUACAAAGCUAAUGUAUUUUUCAUAUUGUAAAGUUUCAAUUGUAGAAACAACUGGUAUGUACAGUACCAUAAUUUAAUUACAUUUUACUUUAAAAACUUUACACAUUUCAGUUUCUAAAAUUUUAAAUUAACAAAAAUUAUUUCUUGUGUUAUUCAGAGUUACUCAGUUUUGUAAGGACUGUUUUGUUACUGCUUUUGUGCCCAGAAACCUUGACUCUAAAAUUCUGUGCUGUGCGAAACAUGCACGAUUUUUAUUAUGCUUACUGCGUAGAAUUUUAUCUACUUGUUCCAGAAAUAAUACAUUAACCAAAAAGGAUUUAAUUGUUCAGACUUGUAAGAGGUUCUUCAAUUACAUAGGCAGGUUUUUCUUAAAAAUGAAAAAAAAAUCAAAGAUUUUUUUAACAGUUCUCAGACUUAACUGUUGCCUUGAAUUACAGCCUAGUUUCUAAGCAGUGAAAUGUAAUGAUAAAGAGGGAUAUUUUAACAUAUUUCCGAAUGAAUGACUCAUUAUUUCAUUCUUUUGAGUAACCAUUGUUAAGGGUUGGGGGAAAGCAUGGACAAAACAUCACUGGAAACAAAGGCUGUAACCACAGCAACAGACUUUGUGAUACAGUUAAAAGGUGCAGCUGCCAGUGACAAAUAAAAACUUUUGUUACAUCUCAUUAUUUUCAGGCCAAGGUGGGAGUAUAGUGCAUAAUAAUUGUACAGUAGCAAUUUUUAUCCUAAUUAACCCAUAGCGGUUUACCUAAAA